ACACACACACACACACACACACACACACACACACACAGCGUGCCGUGAAACCUCGCGAGAACCGCUAAACUGGCAGCUACUUCCUCAAAAUGUAAACAAAAGUGACCUGCAGGCGAAGUGAGUUCUGAAGUUAAAUGUUGCACAUACUCUGAGCAGCAUUCCAGGCCUUUUCCCUGUGUGCAAGCUGUGAUGGGUUCUACUCCUCCUUGGCUGAUGAAAUGGAGACUAAAGGGACCGACGAGGUGGAGAAGCUAAAGUCCAGGUUCAUGUCAGCAUGGCACAGUGUGAAGUACAGUUGGGUUCUGAAAACAAAGACUUCCUUUAGUCGCAAUUCUCCAGUUUUCCUGCUGGGGAAAUGUUAUCACUUCAAGGCAGAGGAUGAAGAAAGCCCUACAGAAAGCUGUACAGCUGAUGAGUUUGAUAACAAUGUUGUCAUGGGCAACGUUGAUGACUUUCGGAGGGACUUUGCUUCCCGUGUAUGGCUUACUUAUCGGGAAGAAUUUGCCACCCUCCCAGACUCUGUUGUCACUUCGGACUGUGGAUGGGGCUGUACCCUCAGGGCAGGUCAAAUGAUGCUGGCCCAGGCACUCGUGCUACAUUUCUUGGGUAGAGACUGGACAUGGCCUGAGGCACUGACCUUGGAGGCUCUGGACACAGAGACACGGACAAGCAGUGCAGCACGAAGGCUGGUAGCCUCAUUAGAAGCUUCAUUCCAGGGAGACAGACCAAGACUUCCGGAGGCCCUCUGCCAGGGUGGUGCAGAAGAGGCUGAUUCCCACCUGAAAGAGGUGUACCACCGCACCAUUGUUUCCUGGUUUGGAGACACUCCCUCUGCUCAGCUGGGAGUCCACAGGCUGGUUCAUCUGGGCAUGGCCUCAGGAAAAAGAGUGGGGGAUUGGUACGGUCCUGCAGUGGUGGCACACAUACUCAGAAAAGCUGUGGAGGCGGCAACAGACCCAGGACUCAAAGGCAUAAAUGUUUAUGUGGCACAGGACUGCACAGUGUACAGUGCUGAUGUUAUUGAGAGCCACUCAGCUCGGGCAGACGCAUGUGGGGGCCCUGAGGGGCAUGUUGCUGACAGCAGGGCCGUCAUCAUCCUCAUCCCUGUCAGACUGGGUGGAGAGAAGAUUAACCCUGACUACUUCAACUUUGUCAAGGGCAUUUUAAGUCUGGAGUACUGUAUCGGCAUCAUCGGAGGGAAACCAAAACAGGCCUACUACUUUGUUGGAUUUCAAGAUGACAGCUUGAUUUACAUGGACCCUCAUUACUGUCAGUCUUUUGUGGAUGUCAGCACAAGCGAUUUUCUUCUGCAGUCAUAUCAUUGCCCGUCACCAAAGAAGAUGCCUUUUGUUAAAAUGGACCCCAGCUGCACUAUUGGAUUCUACUCAAAAAGUGUUCAAGAUUAUGAAAGAAUCUGCAAUGAACUUUCAAAGGUGCUGCAGCCUUCGUUGAAGGAGAAGUACCCAGCAUUUACCUUUAUGAAAGGACACGGGCGAGAUUAUGAACUAUCAGUCCCUGCGGAGAAGAAAGAGUGGCCCUUCAUCAGAGAAAAACGAAAAGCUGGAGCUACUGCAGGGGACUUUGUGCUGCUGUGAGUUAGGGCCAGAAGCUUGGAGCCCUCACCUAUGGCCUGUAUUUACAGAGUAGGAAUGCUGUUUUGGACAUGGUGUUUCUUUCCGAUGCCAUGAUUUAAAUGAUUGUCAUAUCAGGUGUAAAGAAUUAUAUUACGGGACGCACUGUGUAUGUUGGGCCUGUACCCUAAGUAAUGUCAUGUUCCGGGUUUAUAUUUUUUCUUGCCUUUUCUGAUUAGAGUCUAAGAACAAGGAACUAUCACCAUCCAUAAACAGCACUCCAAGACUGUGAACACGAGCCCUGAUUUCAACCUAACACUGUAAACAGAUGCUUAAACUUAACACACAUUUCCUAUCUGAUCAGAGAGGGAACUUUUUCAGGGUAUUAUAAUGAUGCCAAUUAAUGCUAAUGUGUAACAUACAUUCAGUACUAACUAUGAAAUUAGAUUUUUUUUUGUUUUCUGAGCAAUGUAACUAGUGUUAUAAUAGUUGGUACUUAAUAUUCAUUCCUUCGGUCACAGGUCUUAAAAAAAAACAACAAUUCAUUUUUUUUCUGGAAGGGAUGCACGACACUCCAGUUUGGCUGUCAGUAGUCAGCUCGUCAUUGUGUGGACUUCCAGACUAUAGCACUGUGUGCUUUAGUUGUAGAGAAGUAGAAAGAAGGGUGUACUUAUGCAGUCAUAUGCAAACGUUUAAGUGCCCAGGGCCAGAUUAUGUUUUGUUGAUUCUUAUGAAAGUGAAAAUAGGUACACCUCCUUUACAGAGAAUGCAUCUGUACGUUUGUUGUUUAUUUGCUGAAUUUAACAAUUUGGGGGGAAUAUAACAUAAAAUAUAGCCUGUGCAAAAGUUAUGGCACAUUUAGUAAUGCUGUAUUUUACUGUAUGUUAGACUUAGCAAAUAAGUAGAAACUAUGCAGAAAAGUGCCAUAUUUUGGCAUAAGUUCCCUGUAGAGGAUGUCAUAUUCUCACUUAGAAAAUCAACAAUGCAUGCAGUUUGACCACAUGUACAACUUUGGCAUACAACCGUAGGCUUGUAAAUUCUACCCAGCCUGUGAAAUCCUGCAAUAGUGCCUCCUGGAAACAUGCAGGAUGUAAUGCUAAUACAAAAGCUUACAAGCUCUGUGUGCUUCCAAAAUGUACUGUAAAGACACACUGAAAACGUAGCACUUUUACACAGACGCACACACAGUGGAAUGGGACGUGAGUAUAAGAGUAUUAAAGCAGAAUAUGCAUGUUGUUAAAUGAUUGUUUUCUGCUUUAAAUGAAGUCCAGUUUGAGUACACUUAAAGAAGAGUUUUUAAUGGAUAUCAGUGCUGCUAAAACCAUGACAGACUUCACAAGAGAGAGAUUUAUUGUUAUGAUGAGGACACAAAUCACAACAGAUCAGCGCCACUGCAGAAAGAUUGAUAAAAGUAAGUGAAGCCUCCCGAGCCAUUUCGUCUUGCCUAUAGGCGUUUUUAAUUAAGCCACAGUCUUCUGUCAGGUUCUCUCCUUUUGUUGUACUUCAGUCCUUGAAGGAACUUUUGGCUCACAACAUUUCAAGAACGUGUUCUGCCUAUAAAUUCUUAAGAUGUGUCUUCUCGUUGUGAAGGGUUUUAUGUAUAGCAGUUUUUCUAAACGGUCGUUUUACCCAUUGGUGUAAACCAAAGUACUUGAUGCUACAUACAGCUGUAACACUAGUUCUCGUUCAUAUCACUCAUUUGUUACCUGCUGUUUUCUGUGAGGAGAUAAGUUCUGUCAUUUUUAACGAGGGCUAAAGACUUUGCAGACUACUAGUAGAUAAAAACACAUGCUUGUUUUGCCAAAAUCAAUUUUCACAGUGGUCAUUAAUGUUUUGUUUUUAAAAUGUUGGGCUCCACAAUUAUGUAAAAUAAAAUAAAUUAAAGACUUUGAAUAGA